AUGUCGUUCGGUUUUAUUUCUGCUUGUAGUCUUCUUCUGUUUUACCGUCUAACCAACUUCCGCCACAAUCAGCAGUCUUCUUCUCUUUUAUCAUAUAACCACCUUCCACCACAACCAGCAGUCUUCUUCUGUGUUACCGUCAAACCACCUUCCGCCACAACCAGCAGUCUUCUUCUGUUUUACCGUCUAACCACCUUCCGCCACAACCAGCAUUCUUCUUCUCUUUUAUCAUAUAACCACCUUCCGCCACAACCAGCAGUCUUCUUCUGUGUUACCGUCAAACCACCUUCCGCCACAACCAGCAGUCUUCUUCUGUUUUACCGUCUAUCCACCUUCCGCCACAACCAGCAGCGUUCUUCUCUUUUAUCAUAUAACCACCUUCCACCACAACCAGCAGUCUUCUUCUGUGUUACCGUCAAACCACCUUCCGCCACAACCAGCAGUCUUCUUCUGUUUUACCGUCUAACCACCUUCCGCCACAACCAGCAUUCUUCUUCUCUUUUAUCAUAUAACCACCUUCCGCCACAACCAGCGCGGUAUUCUUCUCUUUUAUCAUAUAACCACCUUCCACCACAACCAGCAGUCUUCUUCUGUUUUACCGUCAAACCACCUUCCGCCACAACCAGCAGCGUUCUUCUCUUUUAUCAUAUAAACACCUUCCACCACAACCAGCAGUCUUCUUCUGUGUUACCGUCUAUCCACCUUCCGCCACAACCAGCACAGUCUUCUUCUCUUUUAUCAUAUAACCACCUUCCACCACAACCAGCAGUCUUCUUCUGUGUUACCGUCAAACCACCUUCCGCCACAACCAGCAGUCUUCUUCUGUUUUACCGUCUAACCACCUUCCACCACAACCAUCAGUCUUCUUCUCUUUUAUCAUAUAACCACCUUCCGCCACAACCAGCAGUCUUCUUCUGCUUUACCCAGUCUUCUUCUGCUUUACCGUCUAACCACCUUCCGCCACAACCGGCAGUCUUCUUCUUUUAUCAUAUAACCACCUUCCGCCACAACCAGCGCAGUCUUCUUCUGUUUUACCGUCUAACCACCUUCCGCCACAACCAGCAGCGUUCUUCUCUUUUAUCAUAUAAACACCUUCCACCACAACCAGCAGUCUUCUUCUGUGUUACCGUCAAACAACCUUCCGCCACAACCAGCAGUCUUCUUCUGUUUUACCGUCUAACCACCUUCCCCCACAACCAGCACAGUCUUCUUCUCUUUUAUCAUAUAACCACCUUCCGCCACAACCAGCAGUCUUCUUCUCUUUUAACAUCUAACCACCUUCCGCCAAAACCAGCAGUCUUCUUCUGUUUUCCCAGUCUUCUUCUGUUUUACCGUCUAACCACCUUCCGCCACAACCAGCAGCGUUCUUCUCUUUUAUCAUAUAACCACCUUCCACCACAACCAGCAGUCUUCUUCUGUGUUACCGUCAAACCACCUUCCGCCACAACCAGCAGUCUUCUUCUGUUUUACCGUCUAACCACCUGCUCCACAACCAGCAGUCUUCUUCUGUUUUACCGUCUAUCCACCUUCCGCCACAACCAGCAGUCUUCUUCUCUUUUAUCAUAUAACCACCUUCCGCCACAACCAGCAGUCUUCUUCUGUUUUACCGUCUAUCCACCUUCCGCCACAACCAGCAGUCUUCUUCUCUUUUAUCAUAUAACCACCUUCCGCCACAACCAGCACAGUCUUCUUCUCUUUUACCAUCUAACCACCUUCCGCCACAACCUGCCGUCUUUUUUUGUUUUACCGUCUGUCCACCUUCUGCCACAAGCAGCAGUCUCCGUCUCUUUUAGCGUCUAUGCACCUUCUGCCACAACCAGCAGUCUUCUUCUGUUUUACCGUCUAAACACCUUCCGCCACAACCAGCAGUCUUCGUCUCUUUUACCAUCUAACCACCUUCCGCCACAACCAGCAAUCUUUGCCUCUUUUACCGUCUAA